CAUUCAGCAAAGCUGGCGCAACACGACGAGAACAACAUGUCCUUCGUGAAGCUUAGCAUCUUCGGAACCUCAUUCGAGGUGACGACGCGCUAUGUGGAUCUCCAGCCAGUAGGAAUGGGCGCGUUCGGUCUGGUAUGCUCGGCAAAAGACCAGCUCACCAACCAACAGGUUGCUAUCAAGAAGAUCAUGAAGCCGUUUAGCACGCCUGUGCUGAGCAAACGGACGUACCGGGAGUUGAAGCUUCUCAAGCACAUCCGACAUGAGAACAUCAUCUCACUAAGUGACGUGUUCAUCUCUCCGUUAGAAGACAUCUACUUUGUCACGGAGCUGCUCGGUACCGACUUGCACCGUCUACUGACCUCUCGACCGCUCGAAAAACAGUUCAUCCAAUACUUCCUGUACCAAAUUUUGCGCGGGCUGAAAUAUGUACAUUCCGCCGGUGUCGUGCACCGUGACUUGAAACCGAGCAACAUCCUGGUGAACGAGAACUGUGACCUGAAGAUCUGCGACUUUGGCCUGGCGCGCAUUCAAGACCCUCAGAUGACGGGCUACGUCUCGACACGGUACUAUCGUGCGCCCGAGAUCAUGUUGACGUGGCAGAAGUAUGAUGUUGCCGUCGAUAUCUGGAGCACAGGAUGUAUCUUUGCAGAGAUGCUGGAGGGGAAGCCUCUUUUCCCGGGUAAGGACCAUGUGAACCAAUUCUCGAUUAUCACCGAGCUCCUUGGUACACCGCCCGACGACGUCAUUGCAACUAUAUGCAGCGAGAACACCCUUCGAUUCGUCCAGAGUCUACCAAAGCGGGAGCGUGUACCUUUUGGUCAGAAAUUCCGGACACAGGACCCUGUAGCCCUGGACCUCCUGGAACGAAUGCUCGUGUUUGAUCCCCGGAAGCGGAUCACCGCUGCCGAAUCGCUCGCGCACGAAUAUGUUGCACCGUAUCACGAUCCAACUGAUGAACCCGUCGCUGCCGAGCAGUUUGACUGGAGCUUUAAUGAUGCGGACUUGCCCGUGGACACCUGGAAGGUGAUGAUGUACAGUGAGAUUCUCGAUUUCCAUCAGCUUGGCGAUGCCGAUGGCCUUGACCUGGGGGCGAUGACCGACGGGUUGUCCGUGACUGCCUGAACAUGAAAUGCGUAAUAUCCCCAGCCUACUGUAUCCUUUUCCCUGUUUCCAUUUCCUCCCUCUGUAUCCCUCUAUGCCAGCUCGUCCUUUCUUUCGUACCCUUGUCCUCUACCCCCCUUGUGACCCACCCCACCCCCUCUAGUGUUGAGAGUCGAGUCGAGUUGAUACGUCGUGAGAGCCUGUCAUUCGCUUCUUACCCACUGUUUC